AUGGGAAACUUAAGUGAGGCUGGGGCCACAAUCUUAUUUAGCUACGGAUUUAAUGGCAGUUCAGGCCAAUCUCCUUAUAAACAAAAAUUUGACACUCCAGGAUUCUCUGAUUCAUCCAUAUUUGCCACAACAGUUAUUCCUUUAAGAUUAGUUUUCAAUGACAUUAUUUUAUGGAAUAACAGGACACCACAAUCCGUCCGCUUCUGUAGACCUCUUAAAAUACAAUUUGCGAAAGAAACUAAGGAACUUGUGCUCAUGGAGAAGGAAGAUAUUAAGGAUCAAAUUAAUCAAUUAAAUAUUUUGGAAAUACCUUUAUCUACAAUUAGCUAUUUCAGUGAAGAAGCAUCUGAGUCACGCAAUAAAUUGUAUAAACAAGACCGCCAAUUCCACUCCCGAAAAACCAGUAGGAAAAACAGUUUAGAAGACGUAUUUAACAGGGCUAUGGAUACUUCAGAUCCUUAUUGUUCAAGUAUAAAUUUAAAUUCGAGAAUUAAAGGUCACCGAACAUUAAACAUACCUGCAGAUGUUGUAAGUUUGUUCCGUGAAAUAAAUAUGCAUUUGAGCUCUCAAAAUGGAACAUCAGAACAGAAUAAAAUGGAAGAUGAAGAGAAAGAAUGUUAUAUAGAAAACGUAUGUACUGACUUAUUAGACCAUUUAGUUUUAGAAAACGAUGAUGCUAUAUAA